CAUGCGACACAGAAAAACGUGGCGUUCAUUGUUGUCCUGUCUGCCAACCGGGAGGUGCCCGCCAAAAUAUUCAAAACGGGUCUGAUCUGAAUCAACGCUCACCUGCUUACCAUCCGCAUCAGCCGCCCUAACAAAAUCAUUGAAUUCAUCUCUGUGUGGAGUUUACACUCCUGUGCUGCUCGUGGCAUUUAUUUUCAUCAAAAAUCUGGCAAAGUGUUUUAGUUUCUAACUACGUUCACCUAUCUCUGGCCGGCCCCUCGUAGGUCACCAGGAUGCAGUUACUUGUUCAGUGGCUGCGCGGGCCCGGGGCUUCUCCCACCGAGGUGAAAUCCACGCUUCUGGCACAUCUUCAACAGCCCGGCAUCGGCGUGGCUAGGUCGUAUUUUGAGGAGAUAUGUCAAUGCACGAAAAGAUUCCUAGGAAGUCGCGGGGAGCGCGCCGAAGGUUUAGCGCUUCUCGAUCUUGUUCUUGAACAAAUUCCCGAUGGAGUACUUUCACAAGACAUAGUGCACUUCAUGAAGCAACUCAUCACAUUGAGCGCCAACGAGGGUCUCCAGCAAUCAUGUUUCACCCUGCUACAUCGAUUGAUCUUAAGGUUGCGAUCCCUCAAGUAUAUUCAGAGAGAUAUGAAUACCGAAGUGUUUCCUCCUUUAGUGCAAAUGCUUACGCGACGCUUGGCUGUUGUUCCCGCUUCACCAAAUCUUCUUGCUUUAACCCGGGCAACGUUUGCGCAUUUUAGCAAAAUGUGUCUUCCUAAUCGUGACCAAUUCGAGCGCUUCCUGUUUAAACAGAUUGUAGCCGCAGAAAGGCAUGAUACAAAAAGUGGACAAGGUGUGGUCAAUACGCUUGCUGCACUAUCCCAGUGCUAUGUUGAUCCGGCUAUGCGGCACGAUAUCCAGAGCAAACAUUUGGAGAUGCUGAUUCGGAGCUGUUUGCUCACCGAGCAGGCGUUUCUCGCUGGACUGGGACACUGUGAUCCGUCCCAGCUGCAAAACACAAUAUACGCUGUCGCUGAUGAACAACUGUUUCCGGUCGCAGUCGGCAGUGGUGUAGCAGCACACGUCGAUAUGAGGAUGAUUCUAUGGAAGCGGUUAAUCCUUCAGCUCGACGCUGUUGAAGCUAUUCUCGGAUCUCCAAGUGCAAAAGAUAUUCGACAAAAGCUCCUAUUGACGCUGAUCAACCAGAUGGUGAUAUGUGCAUCAACCGACGAACAUCUGUUGUUUCUGCGCCCGACCCUUAUUCACCGUGCGGUUCGUAUUGCCCGACAACUCAUUUCGAACGUUCGGACCCACAAGAUAAUACUGGUGAACGCGAGAUUGGCGGAUUUCUUCUUGCACGUUCUUGAGGUUGCCCACCAAACCGACCCGGUCGACAUGAGCAUGCUGCGCGCCGAAAUAUACGAAGCAAUUGCCGUGUGGAUACGAAAUCUGACUCCAUCAUCACUCACGUAUCGAGGUGAGGCGUUGCUUCGGCUUGUCAACAUGACCUCGAAAGACGUCGCGUCUGCAUGCGACCCCGACGCCGUCAUUACACGCGGAGCAGAAGAGCGCUGUGCGGCGGCAUUGGCUCUUCAACGAGCGAUCGUUCUCGGAUACGGAGAACAGGACUCGGACAUUGUUCGUCAGCUGCUAUUAAAGUUGAUUCCUGCGACAGUGCGUCUAACACGGCCGUUGGCUGGUGCUUUGCUCACAUGUUCCCGCUGUCGCCGACAAGUAUACGAUUUGUUGGCAGCAUUUGUAAUAUCGCCGAAUCCUAGCCUAAUGCCACCAACAGCCGAAAUUAUGGACGUCGUGCGGGACGGCUUGUAUGAUGAUGUAUAUGAGGUACGGGAAGCGUGCGAUAUUUAUUAUCGAAUUCUAUGCAACACAUUGCAGCCACUUGAAUGUGGCUUCGCGCUGUCGUACUCGCAUGCGAUGCACGAGCACAAUCGUAGGAUUCGCCGACUUGAGCUAACGCGAUCAGAACGCACACGCUCGGCCGAAAUUCAGACAGAUGAUGCGACCCUGUAUCCGCCUACUAUGGUGGACAAAACUGUGCUGGCUUCAUUAAUGCCAAUGGUUUCACUUGACAACGACGAAGAUGACGACGAUGAGGAGGCUGAGGAAGAGGAUGACAUGAGUGAUGUCGAUCGGCUUACCUCGCCCCGUGGAUCAGGACCAAUUACCACACACCAUCGGAGACAACCGUUCCCUUAUCAAGCACGUAAUGCUCAACAUCACCGGCCUGGACCGCGCUCAGUGAAGGAACGCAGGGCCGUUGACGCUUUGUGCGAGCUGGAAGAGGCGAGAGCAAGUGAUGCAAUACAACUUGAGGAGAGUCUCUCCGAAGAUGAGGAUAUGAUGGACGAUGAGGAUCUCGACGAUGAGCAGAUGGAGUUGGAUGCGCAAGCUGUUUCCGCGUACCGAGCAAGUCGAGCAGGCCAAGAAGAGCCGGCAUCCGCUGCAGAUCCUGUUAUCAUUCCUGACGACGAUGAAGAUGUGGCCAUUACGAGCGAGACACGACCAGGUGCUGCCCCAAGUCGGGGAACGGGUACUGCUUCUGUUAACGCAACAGCGGUCGCUAACACGCAGAGCGGAGUCAUCGCUGGAGAGAUCGACGAUGAUGGGGACGAAGACAUCGACGAUGCAGAUGUUGAUGAUAUGGAUGAUGGAGAGAAUGAAGGCGAAGAUGAUGAAGAUAUUGGCGAUAGUGAAGUCGUGUGUGUCAUUGAGGACGAAGAUGAACAAGCAUCAGCCCAUCAUGCCGGACUUCAACAGCAGAUAUUGCGACAGCAGCAGUUACAGCAGCGGCUACAACAACAACCGCAACAUCAGCAAUCUCGAGAUGGAGCGGCUGUUGAUCUUACAUUAGCACCUUUGCAACCGCAUCGAAAUGAAAUUAUGGCCGAUGAUUCGACGAGUCGUGGUGCAGUAGCAGGAGCAGCGGCAGUAGUAGCAGUAGUGGUUGAGAAAAGUGCUCCGCAAGAGUCGGCCGCUACGUCCGUUGAGCCAGCUGUUGUGUCAAUCACUCCGGUAUCUCUCAAUGGCGCUUGUACCGUAGAAGACUCUCAACCUGGAGACAGCAAUAGAACCAAAUCGGAAGAUCAAGUAAACGCCUCGUCAACCCCUGUCGGCAGCGGAACCGGAGGAAAAGAUCAAGGUGGAGCGCGAUUGAGGGAUGAGGGAGGAGCAUCUGGUAAAGUUAACGGGGCCGGCGACAAGUUGUCUAGUCCCAAAGUGAAUGGCGAAAGUACGACUUCGGUGUCUGGAGGUGAUCUAAUUUCUACAGUCAAUCAGGGUGAAAUUGCAAAGAAAUCCUCGCCAACAGAUAAAGUGGAUGAGAUCGCUGAUGAUGAGAUACCGAAGGCGAACAUUAUCCCAAUUGGCCCUGAUGACAGCGACGAAGAGGGCGGCGAAGUUGACCUUGCUGCACCAUCGAGCCAAUUGCAAGAACGAAGUGACACCGAAAAGGAGAGCUCAAGCGGAACUGGUGGCAAGGGGCUUACCGACUGCGAAACUCGUGAUCAAGCCGCCUCCACGAAGUCUGAAGAUUCCGCCGCAUCGGCGACCGUUAUAAUCGCUGAUUAAUUUCGUAACACUGGUAGCUCAACGUUAUAUUGUUGACAGACUGUACUGAUCCUCAGGACAUAUAUUGAAGCAUAUAUCUGGCGCGCGGCGGAGUUGAGCUGGGCUGCGCUAAAGAGAGCGAAUAAUGAAAUCGAGUUGUAGCUGAAGUUGUCUCUCAGAUUUUGGAGAGUACUCGAGGCAACUCGGGAAAGACAGCAUCUUGGAUAGAUUUAAUCGCGUUUGAAGUGGUGAAACGCAAUUUGAAAUAAAACCGCUUAGAUAGAAGGUAGAGAUGGGGUAAAAUAGAUGCAAUCCGAUCGCUUCUUGACCAACAUCAUUGCGUAGGAACGAUUACCGUUUAUAGAUGUCUCGUGUGUCGACUACUAGGUUCAGAUUAACCUAGACAAAAAACAUGUGCGAAAAAGUAUGUAGUAGCGAACGUAUCGAUGAACCUGUCUCGCCAUCCGGAAGUUAAGAAGGAAAAUCCACCCGGGUCGGAUGUAUCUCGUGGGUGUGUGUGCGAGACAAACAUUUGUGUACGUUUUCUGCUAAUUGUUGAAUAUAUAGGAAAGUUUCCAACUCUACUUUGCCCUUCCUACUGUAAGUUUAAAAGAAAUGUUUGUCUUGGCUUCCUUCCCAAUAAAUGCUGGUUAUUUUUUAAUGCGCAACGUUUGUGCCGCGCACAUAUACACGACCUACAAAAUGCGCACGCCACACAGGGAGGAGCUCGCAAAGCGGUAAUAUAUAUGGACAAAAUAUAUACAUGUGAACAUAUACAGGCACAAAGACACUCAGACAUGUAUACACAAACAUUCACAGGCAAAUACAUGCGUACGAUGUGCACAAUUAUUAGUACUCGUAAUAGCGACGGUAGUAGCCUCGGAAAUGCGUAUUAGCAUCACGACAAUAAAGGUUACAUUUGUGCUCCCACUACUAUUAGUAUCAUAAUUAGUAGAUAAAUAUCACCCAACUAUGCCAUUGUUAGUAUACGUAUAAUUAUUACUCAUAAGGCAAAAAAUAUGUUAGAUUAUGUGUCAUUUGUAUACAGACGGGCUCACUUUGCAAAAUACUGCGAAAAGAACAUACAGGCAGCGGUAAACACAUUAAAAGCAUGCUGUUUCGAUAAUGCACAAAAAUAUAUAUGUAGC